CUUGGAGUCGUUGUAUAUCGCCUCUUCUACUUGAUUUUCUCUCUUGUCGUCGACCUUGUUUCUUUCUUUCGUCCUAUUUGACGCUGUCCACCUCGCGGCUCUUGCUCCUUUGCGCGACCUUGUCGCCUUCUCUUGCCUGACACGUGCCCACGACGAGCUCCACCACAAGCCUUCCUCCACGUACCUCGACUCGAGCUCCUCCGCUCGCACCUACCCACUAACAAGAUGGCCAACGAGGAGCAGAGAAGGGCAUUUGCGUCGUACAUGGGGACCGCGGGUGCGAGCAACGGCCAGUCAAUUCCCCAGUAUCCGGGCGCCGUCGCCAAUCCAGGCAAUCCAUAUACCUUCAACCAGCUUCCACGCCUCGGGGCUCCUCCCACCGCGCCCACUCCUCCGCCCGCUGCGCCGUCUUCGGUCGCUUCAUUCCCCAACUACCAGGCUGGUUUUACCCAGGGCGGAUACGGUCAGGCUAGCUUCCCUCAACGUCCACCGCCGCUCGGCCAAGCAGCAGCCCCCCAAGAUCAACAGCGGAUGCCUCCACCAGCGAGACCGCCAGGGUACGUGCAGGUCCAGAGAAACUACAGUGCUCAACCGCCACCUCCACCGGGCUACAACGUGGGCUGGCAGUACACGGAUCCAAUGGCCGAGCAGAAUAGGCGCCUCAGUGGUGCUCCCGCCGGCGCAAUGGUCCCAGCCUCUCACAAUACCUCUGGGGAGGUUGUAGAGUCCAGAUCAAGGCAGACGAAUGAAUACUACCAGUACCAGCAAUAUGGGCAGCCCUUGGGGUCUCCAGUACCCCAAGCACCAGCUCUCCAGGAAGAAGAAGUGUCAGUGUCAGUGCCGGUAAUGCUCUGCCAUACCUGCAGCCAUUGCGGUCGUUUGCGCUCAGCAGGCUUUCAUCGCAAUAACCCAGUCCUCCCAGGCAAACCCCUGGUCUCGACUCCCUGUCGACGAUGCAAGAAGAAGAUCAAGACUCGACAUCGUUCCAAGUUCACUCGUAUACGCUCUUGCACCGCCGACGAACCUUGCGAUUGGCCUACAGAGUCUCUUCGCAUUGACAUCGACCACUUUGAGCGCAGGGGCCGGCAACGAGAUCGAGACGACGAGUAUGUGACGCGAAACCCUCCCAGUCGGGCUCGCAUCAUUAGGCGAAGCUCCAGCCAGGCACAUUUGGGCUUGCGCUCUUUCCAACAACCUCCACGCGAGUUGCAGACUGAGACGAGGGUUCGUGUUUCUUCGUUAAGUCCACGUCGUUCUUCAAGGUAUGACGAGGUUUGGCCUUCGCCAGACGUCAACCCCAUGAGGCGAUCUUCUAACGACGUCUUCUCCGCACCUCCAGAACCGUUUCCAAGUCGUACCUCGAGGACGGACGAGGUAUGGCCUCCACCUGAUGUUGUCCGUACUCACUCAUAUAGGAAGGUUGACGGGAACCCACCACUCCGUCGCUCAAGCUCAAGGAUCAUUGAGCUUAGCCCAUCGCCGCCUCCCACACGCACGAGAUCUACGAGGGUUUUCUACCGCAGCGACUCACAGGAACAUAGUAUUAGAAGUCGAAGUGUAUCCCCGGUGCGUGUAAGCUUCCGCGAGACACGACGCAACGAGGAUACUGAAGCUCGCAUCACGGCGCACCCUAGUCCUUACCGGCAAGUGCUACCGGAUCAUCGCACUCUCUUUAGGGAAUCUGAUGAAAUCCCGAGCAACAAUGACUCUGUCCCUCGUCGGUAUUUAGAGUCACCUAGCCGCAGCAUCCUGAAGCCUGCAGGCAUGGAUCGCGAGACUUCUUAUAGGCGCAGAAAUAGUAUUCGAGACAGCCAGCAGAGUACCCAGGUUGAAAUCGGGGGCCCUCGCGUGCAAUUCGCAUCGGAUCAGAGAACUGAUAGAGCAGCCCCUGAAAAUGGUGGCAGGACCAGGUAUGCGGAUGAACACCAAUCCAACAGCGAAAACUACGAACAUUAUCACGAAUAUUCCCGACAUCGACACGUUGAUGAGCCUCCACAUACACGGCUAGCCGACGACUUUGACAGGCUACGCAUCCGACGAUCGUCCUUAUCACCACGUAGGAACCACGAAGAAGAGAUCCGUAUCGACCGAGCACGCCGCAUCUCUCCUUCGCUUCCUCUUCCUCGACAUUACGAAGAAACCCGCGCCCGCCGCAACUCCCCUCUACCCACUCGCAGCUACACACCCCGACCCCCUCCCUCGCCUCCCUCACCAGAGCGCACUCCAUAUUCUGGCUAUCGUCACGUGUCGCGUACGCGGACCAUUGAGUGCAACCGUUCUCAACCUCCCCCACCCGAUCGCAGUAAGGAAAAAUUGCAAUUUCCAGAGGACGUUACGGAUUCUGAUAGUGCCGCUUCUGGAGAAGUCACGGAAGUCAGGAGCUGGAGAGGCAUCGAUGAAAACGGGCAGCCUGCCACGUUUGUAGAAGAGAAAAAAACAGUGAGGAUGAUUGAACAGGGGAGUGAGAGGGGAGGAGUAAGGGAUUUCAGGCCAUUGAGGGAGGGAAUCGCGAGCAGGAGUUGGAGGGAUGUCUGAGGGGCGUGGAUAUUGUAACUGUGGUAUGUCAGUGGAUGUGUAGAAAGAUUUGAGUCAAGAGUGAUGGGCUUACAACAGCUGGAGGUAUGGAGGUUGGGCAAUGUGUGGUGAGGCGGUUGG